AUGGCCGGGGAGCAGGCCUUCCUCUCUACGGAGAUCGUCAACCGGGGUGUCGAGGCGUCCGGCCCCGAUGCCGGAUCCCUGACGUUCUCGGUUAGAGUGAGAAGAAGGCUUCCUGAUUUCUUGAAUUCUGUUAAUCUCAAAUAUGUGAAGCUUGGAUACCACUAUUUGAUAAACCAUGCAGUUUAUCUCUCCACAAUUCCAGUUCUGGUGCUGGUGUUCAGUGCUGAGAUCGGGAGCCUUAGGAGAGAGGAUCUGUGGAGUAAAGUUUGGGAGGAGCCACCGAGGUAUGAUCUCGCCACUGUGCUCGCCUUCCUCGGCGCACUCGUCUUCACGGUGUCUGUGUACUUCAUGUCGCGACCUCGGCCCGUCUACCUUGUCGAUUUCGCUUGCUACCGGCCCUCAGAUGAGCUCAAGGUAUCCAAAGAGGAGUUCAUCGAGCUCGCUCGAAAAUCCGGCAAGUUCGACGAAGCAAGCCUCGAGUUCCAGAGCAAAAUACUGAAAUUUUCUGGCCUCGGUGAUGAGACAUAUGUCCCUAAAGCUAUCGGUUGCCCUGAAAACACUGCCACCAUGAAAGAGGGCCGGGCCGAGGCCUCUACUGUGAUGUUUGGUGUGCUCGAUGAGCUCUUCCAGUCAUGUCGGGUCCGCCCUAAGGACGUCGGGAUCCUUGUAGUGAAUUGCAGUCUCUUCAAUCCAACCCCCUCUCUCUCAGCUAUGAUAGUGAACCAUUAUAAAAUGAGAGGAAACAUACUUAGCUUCAAUUUAGGAGGAAUGGGGUGUAGUGCUGGGAUAGCAGCUUUGGAUCUGGCUCAGGACAUGUUGCAAGCUAACCCUAACAAUUUGGCUGUUGUGGUGAGCACUGAGAUUGUUUCCUAUAGUUGGUAUUCCGGAAACAAGCGCUCGAUGCUCCUUCCCAAUUGCUUCUUCCGUAUGGGGUGUGCAGGGAUGUUGCUGUCAAACAGGCGGCGCGAUAGCAGGCGCUCCAAGUACAGGCUCGAGCACAUCGUGCGAACACACAAGGGUGCCGAUGACCGCAGCUUUAGGUGUGUAAUGCAAGAAGAGGACGACCAAAGGCUUAAGGGCCUCUCCGUUAGCAAAGACCUCGUGGAGGUGGGUGGCCAUGCCCUAAAGGCCAACAUCACAACCCUAGGGCCACUAGUGUUGCCCUUCUCUGAGCAACUCCUCUUCUUUGCCUCUCUAGUAUGGAGCUACCUCACCAACAAGGGCAAGGGCAAGGCCACCAAGCCCUACAUCCCAGACUACAAGCUUGCAUUCGAGCACUUUUGCAUGCAAGCCUCGAGCAAGGCCAUUCUCGAUGAGCUCCAACGUAACCUCGAGCUUAGUGACAGAAACAUGGAGGCUUCGAGGAUGACUUUGCACCGAUUCGGGAACACUUCAAGCAGUAGUAUCUGGUAUGAGCUUGCAUAUUUGGAGGCCAAGGGGAGGGUCAAGAGGGGGGAUCGGGUUUGGCAACUCGCUUUUGGGUCGGGUUUCAAAUGCAACAGCGCUGUGUGGCAUGCGCUACGUGGGGCGAGACCCGCUCCACAUAGCCCAUGGCUCGACUGCAUCGACCGAUAUCCGGUUCAGCUCUAGGAGUGUCUGUGAUGGCUCAUGCUUGAGUUUUAGGAGAAGAAUAUGCCCCCUCUUAUGGAAAAUUGAUGGGGAAAUUGUCUGAACUAUUGCUACUGCUUGACUAUGAUAGUCAACUAUAAAAACUAUGCCCUUGAAUUCUUUCAACUUUUCAUAAUAUUUGUGUUUACGCAAUAGAUGAAUGUUGGCGUCAUAAAAAAACAUGUAAACUUGUUAUUGUUGCUCCUUGUGUUUAUGAUUUGAUAGAAAUGUCCCUCUUUUUUAACCUACUA